CGCUAAUCUGGCAAUAGAAGCCAUAGCUGAGAAGAUUUCCCAACAACCUUCUCAUAGAAGCAAUCAAACCCCAGAAUUUAGUGUUCUGAUCAUAUUUUGAAUUGGACAUUCAUAAUUUUCCAAACAAUCUAAUCACGAGAAACCAAUUAUGGCAAAGAACGCAGACAUAGAUACGAAGCAGGGGAAAUCUCUUACUGCAGAGACUUCCACAGAAAGUCACAUGUCUUGCUUUCUACCUGGCUUUGAACUUAGCAAGGGCAAACUCCUGUCACUUGAAGUGGAUGUGAAAGGCAGUGAAGAAUUGCAAAUUUUACUUGCAGGAGAACUAGCACCCUUCUUGGUGCAAACGGCCUGGGCACUCGUUCUUCGGAUUUAUACUGGCCAGGACGAUGUGUGUUUCCGAUAUCAACAGGUGGAAGGGCAUUCUCUUUUGCGUCGAGUCUUGGUUGAUGAGACAUUGAGUAUUCUGCAGACUGUUGAGCGGCUCCGCACCAGCCCUACCGAGGUUCAUCAUGCCUCCGGCUCUACAGAACCCCUCUACAAUACUACUCUGUCUACCUUGGCCAAAUCCGCAGCAUCCAACGCCAAUUCGUCACUCAAACCUGUACUUUCUGAGCAAGCUCAACUUUCGCUUGAGGUUCAGUUCUUGGAUCAUGGGCUGAAGAUCUUCUUCGUAUGGCAAGAUCUUGAGAAGGCUUCAGAUCACGUGUUGAACAUCGCAAGCACGCUCCAGAAAGUGCUUCACCAAUCAGCGGAAGCCCCAGACACUCCAAUUCGAGAUUUGGAUCAUCUCAGCGAUCGUAAUAAAGAUCAAAUCUGUAAUUGGAAUAAGGGGAGCUUGGAAUCCGUUGAGGUUUGUAUCCACGAGAUCAUUCAUGAUCGUGCAUUUGUUCAGCCCCAAAAAGAAGCCCUGUGCUCUAGCGACGAAUCUCUUUCUUAUCACGAGCUUGAUUCUUAUUCCUCUCAUCUGGCCCGGUAUCUGAUAGCUCAAGGAGUAGAGCAUGAAGAUUUCGUACCACUUCUCUUUGAUAAAUCUGUAUGGAACGUUGUUGCGAUGAUUUCUGUUUUGAAGGCUGGAGCUGCGUUUGUUCCUCUCGACCCAUUGGCCCCACUUUCUCGCCUUCAAACUCUGGCAAGUAACGUCAAAGCAAACAUUGUGCUGUGUUCGCAACAACACUCUAUCGCGCUUGCCUCUAUUGCGAAGACGAUAAUUCCUAUCGAUGGCCCUAUGAUUCGGAACCUCCCUGAGCACGAUGAUCAAUUGCCCAAAGUCAAUAGCACCGAUCUCGCGUACUUGAUCUGGACCUCUGGAUCCACGGGCGAGCCCAAAGGUACAAUGAUAGAGCAUGGAGCUUACUGUACGGGUGCCAAAUCCCAUGGGCCAGCCAUGCUCAUGCGUUCAGAGUCACGUGCCCUCCAAUUUGCUUCCCACACCUUUGACGCCAGUCUCGUGGAAAUUGUAACUAUUCUGAUGGUUGGUGGCACUGUAUGCAUUCCCAGUGAAGAGGAGAGGCUGAAUAGUAUCACUACUACCAUGGAAAAUUUGCAAGUCAACUGGGCGGUUCUCACACCAUCUUUUGUUGGAUUGAUUGAUCCAGCUGAAGUUCCAGGAUUGAAGACAUUGGUUAUGGCUGGAGAGUCCAUGAGCCAGAUGCAUGUCGACAAAUGGUCUCACAUCGAGCUCGUUAACGGCUACGGACCUAGCGAAGCUUCAGUCGCAGCAGCGGUUCAAUCUCAUGUCACUCCCAGAACCUCGCCCAAGAACAUUGGUUAUCCAACUGGCGUACACUUAUGGGUAGCGAGUCCGGAUGAUCAUCACCGUUUGGUCCCAAUUGGUUGCGUCGGAGAACUUUUGAUACAGGGUCCAACUCUUGCAAGAGGGUACUUGAAUCAAUCCGAAAAGACCGAGGAAUCUUUUGUUCCAGAUCCCGGAUUUUUCGAGUACAAUCAGAAGAAAUGGCGUGUCUAUAAGACAGGCGACUUGGUUCGCCAGAACGUUGACGGCACUUUCAGCUUCAUCGGACGAAAAGACAACCAAGUUAAAGUUCGUGGUCAGCGAGUCGAAUUGGGCGAGAUCGAGCAUCACCUUGUCACCGAUCCUUCUGUGAAGCAUGGCUUGGUCCUGCUACCGAAAGCAGGGCCCUUCCGAAAUCGCCUCGUCUCGGUCGUCUCCCUAUCCCAUACAAAUUCAAGUCAAGCCACUACCGCUCUGGCCCUGGUGCCACACCGAAUCCGAGAUCCCGAUCAGAUUCGUGAGCGUCUAUCGUCGCUUCUUCCGGCAUACAUGGUGCCUUCCCUUGUACUGGUCGUUGAGAGCCUUCCGUUCCUGCCAUCUGGAAAGCUGGAUCGAAAGCGAGCGCAGAAGUGGGUGGAAAGCACGGACGACGAAGCAUAUCGUUCCAUGAUGACUAUGACCAAACCUACCCAAACUGCGGAAGAAGCAGCCACCCCUGCGAUAGAGCUCCAAAGCAAACUGAGAUUGAUAUGGAGUCACGUGUUGAAUCUGAACAUUGACCAGGUAGACCUGAAUCGGUCCUUUAUGAGCAUGGGUGGUGAUUCUAUCAGUGCAAUUCAAGUCAAGGGGCAAUGUUCGAAGUUGAAAAUCUCCUUGACAGUCCAAGAUAUUCUUCGCAGCAAAUCGAUCAAGCAACUUUCACAAUUCGCCAAGACCCUCGAGUCCUCUUCUCAUCAUGAAGAGAUCAUCGGGCAACAUUUCGACCUUUCUCCUAUUCAGCAAUUAUAUUUUGCACUUCCCAACCAGGGCCACGGUCAUUUCAAUCAAAGCUUUUUCUUACGCGUGUCUCGAAAUAUACAGGAAGAACACUUGCGUUUGGCUAUCGAAAUCAUUAUUCAGCGCCACUCAAUGCUAAGAGCACGAUUUGUUUGGCAACAAAGCACUAUGAAAUGGCAACAGCGCAUCACAGAUGACGUUUCUGGGUCAUAUAGACUCAAAAGCCACCAGAUCGAUCACCCAGAAAAUGCCCAUCCAGCAAUUGCCGAUAGCCAAACUUGCCUUGAUACUGCUCUAGGUCCUAUUUUUGCUGCAGAUAUUUUUCAAGUCGAAGGAGGUAAACAACUCUUGUUCUUGGUUGGCCAUCAUCUUGUGAUUGAUCUCGUGUCUUGGCGCGUGAUUCUUGAGGACUUGGAGGAGCUGCUAUCAGGCUCUCCUCACACUUCCGAUGAAAAACCUGCGUCUUUUCAAACCUGGUGUCAAAUGCAAGCUGAUCACUGUCAAAAGCUCGCUAUUGACAAGGUUCUCCCCAAUCAUUCUAUGCCCAAAGAUGAUCACGUGCCACUCAGCGAUGCUUCGUAUUGGGGCAUGCUGGAAUCACCAAACACGUACGGGACCGUUGACUGCAAAGGGUUUGAAGUUGAUCAGAAAGCUACAUCCAUGAUGCUGACUCAGUGUCACAAUGCUCUUCGUACGGACCCCGUUGAUAUUCUCCUUUCAUCGCUCAUACAUUCGUUUGCGCUCACCUUCGAGGAUCGCAACGUCCCAACUAUCUACAAUGAAGCUCAUGGACGAGAACCUUCUGGAAUGGCCAUAGAUAUAUCCAGGACCGUGGGGUGGUUCACAGCCAUGUAUCCCGUUCACAUUCAUGAAUCGGCGUCCAAGGACCUCAUCAACACUGUGCGACACGUGAAAGACUUUCGUCGCAGAGUGGCUGACAAUGGGAGGCCCUACUUUGCUGCUCGAUUCUUGACGGAUGAAGGUCGGGACCGCUUCAGUCACCACUGGCCCCUUGAAGUUACAUUCAAUUACCUGGGCCAAUAUCAACAGCUGGAGCGUCAGGGUGCGCUUCUCAUGCCCGCUGACGCUAUGGCUGGAGAAACUCGUGGAGCCGGCGGCAUAGCAGAUGUUGGGCUCGAGACUCCACGAUUUGGGCUUUUUGAGAUAUCUGCUGUGAUUGCACAGGGGAAACUCCGCUUUUCCUUCACCUUCAACCGUGGCAUGAAGCAUCAGGGCAAGAUUCAUCAGUGGAUCUUGAGCUGUCAGCAGAUGAUUAUCUCCAUGGUGAGUACAUUAGCAGAAAUGGCUCCAGAGGCUACCUUGAGUGAUUUCCCGCUACUAUCUAUCUCAUACGACGACCUCCAAACAAAUGUGUCGAGAAGAUUGAAACAAAUCGGCAUCUCGACAGUUGAAGAAGUCGAAGACAUCUAUCCGUGUUCUUCAAUGCAAGAGGGCCUUCUCAUCAGUCAGACCAAAAGCUCUGCGUUCUAUGCAGUGCGGGUCAUCUAUGAGCUCGUAUCAGCGGACUUGUCAAUUGAUGCCGAUCGCCUCUCUCAGGCAUGGCAACAGGUGGUAGAUCGUCAUGCCGCUCUUCGAACGGUGUUUGUUCCAACAUUCAGUACCAAUGAAGGCCUCUACGACCAGGUCGUGUUGAAGGACUACGCUUCUGAUAUCAUCUAUAUGGAUUGCAGCAAUCGCAACUUUGCUGUUCGAAAGCUUUCAGAAGAGGUCGAUGCAGUUGGUGCAAAUCGCCCUCCACACAGAUUCACAAUCUGCAAAGUCUCAGGAGGAAACCUUAUCUGCAAAUUAGAGAUCAGCCAUGCCAUCAUGGAUGGAGCCUCGAUGUCCAUAAUUUUCCGAGACCUCGCUCUGGCCUGCACAGGUUCGUUAAUGUCAGAACCAAAGCCGCUCUACAGCGACUACAUUUCGUUUCUCCAAAACCAGCCAACUGAGGCCAGUGUGGAGUUCUGGAAGACCUACCUUGCCGAAGUGGAGCCUUGCAUUUUCCCAACACUCAAUGAUGGUCUCACGGCUCCCAAAGAGCUCCGAUCUCUGCGCCUAGACUUCAUCGAUUCCGAUUACAUCAGACUGCGGAAGUUUUGCGAGACAAAUGGCUGGACUCUCUCGAACGUCCUUCACAUGGCUUGGAGUCUUACCUUACGCUGCUAUACCUCCUCUGAUGACGUUUCUUUUGGGUAUCUGAUAUCCGGACGAGACUCGCUAGUCAAUGGAAUUGAAGAAGCAGUCGGUCCUUUCAUCAAUAUGCUCGUUUGCAGAAUUGGCAUGGAGCCGAAAAGCAGGCUUGGUUCGGUGCUUGACAACUUUCAGAAGGAUUACAUGGAUAGCUUACUACAUUCGACUACAUCCUUGGCAGAAGUUCAGCAUGCUUUACAUUUGUCAGGAUCUCCGUUAUUCAACACUGCUCUGUCAUUUCGACGUCUUCCUCAAGAGCAGAGCGUACCAUCGAAAGUAUCGUUCAAAGAAUGUGUUCCAAUCUACGACCCCACGGAGUACAGUGUCUCUGUCAAUGUGGAAGCUUCAGAAAAUGACAUUCUCAUUGACCUUGAUUACUGGACCGAUCACAUGUCUCCCGGACAAGCUGCAAAUGUAGGCAGUGCUUUCUUACAAGCCUUGUCCAUGAUCAUCGAUAAUCCCGACAAUUUGAUUGAGGAUACAAGGCUGUUCAGUUCAAUGCAUGAUGAACAACUUCAAGAAUGGAAUCGCGACAUCCCCAAGGCUCUGGGUGACUGUGUGCACAAAGUCAUCUCCAGGCAAGCGUACUCGCAGCCAGAUGCUCCAGCCGUCUGUGCUUGGGAUGCUAGCUUUACAUUUGCCGAGCUGGACGCCGUAUCUACCCGCCUAGCUCAGUGCCUCAUUGAGCUAGGUGUUGGGCCAGAAGUAUGUAUUCCAACUUGUUUUGAUAAGUCAGCCUGGACUAUUGUCGCGAUGCUUGGUGUUCUGAAGGCGGGAGGCGCUGCCGUCCCCCUCGACGCCACUCAUCCCAGAAACGCGCUUGAAUUGCGUGUGAAAGAUACCCGCGCCAAGAUUGUACUUGCUUCUCCUUCUUGUGUCGACCUUUUUGAGGACAUGGGUGUGUCUGUGAUCUGUGUCAGCGAUGAAGAUGUGAACCGUCUACCCGCUCCCACCGAGUUUGAAGGCACGAUGGUCGGACCUGAAAACCCUUGUUUCAUCAUAUACACCUCCGGAAGCACAGGGAAACCUAAGGGAGUUGUCCUUGAACACCGAGCGAUAGUUAGUAGUUCCCAUGCUACCGGAACAGCGUAUGGCUUUGGAUCGCAUUCGAGAGUGCUGCAAUUCGCGGCAUACACCUUUGACAAUAGUUUGGCAGAAAUUUUCAUUACUCUCAUGCACGGAGGAUGUGUAUGUGUACCAUCGGAGCAUGAACGCUUCAACGACCUUGCUGGAGCAAUCAAUAAGCUUGGGGUGAAUUUCGCAGACAUCACACCAACAGUAGCCGGUUUCCUCCGCCCAUCUGAAGUCCCAGGACUGAAAGCUUUAUCGCUUGGCGGAGAAGCUCUGACGAAAGAGGCCAUUGAGACAUGGGUCGAUGCAGUGUCGCUUCAUUGCUGCUAUGGACCUUCUGAAUGCUCGAUCAACUCCACCUGGAAUGGAGAUCUAGGCAGGUCCUCCGAAGCAACAAAUAUUGGAAAGUCUAUUGGCAGUGUAUCAUGGAUUGUGGACCCGGACAACCAUGACUAUCUCGUUCCAACUGGAAGUGUGGGAGAGCUCCUUAUCGAGGGACCAAUUCUUGCACGUGGCUACCUCAAUGAUCCCGAGAAAACCGACAAAGUCUUCAUCUGCAGCCCUAGAUGGGCCAACGGAGAACAGAAACGAAUGUACAAGACCGGUGAUCUAGCCAGAAACAAUUCGGACGGUACUAUUACCUAUCUAGGUCGCAAAGACUUUCAAGUGAAGCUCAACGGUCAACGAAUUGAGCUUGGAGAAAUUGAACAUCACGUGAAAUCAAACUUGCCAUCAGACGCACAGUCUGCAGUCGAGCUCAUCUCGUUAGAGAGGAACAAAAGGGCCACCAAAGCUCUCGCUGCUUUCUUCUGUGUUGAGAGCAACGCAUCAGUACCAGCCUCGGGCCUGGGCAAUUUCAUAUUGCCGAUGUCAGAAUCCAUGAGGCUUAUUUCUACCGAGCUCGAGACGAGCAUUGCGAGCUCUCUUCCCUCAUACAUGGUUCCGAGAAUAUACAUUCCCGUUAAAGCAAUGCCAACUACAUCAUCUGGGAAAUUAGACCGGAAGGCAUUGCGCUCGUCUUGCAAGUCACUGUCAGAAGCUGAAACAUCAAUGUACAGACUCGCAAGUAAAUCAGGUCGACCACCAUCUUCGAGUAUGGAAAAACUGCUAGCUGAAUUAUGGGAGCAAACAUUGAAUCUUGAGGCCAAUACAGUAGGGCUAGACGACAACUUCUUCCGUCUGGGUGGUGACUCGGUAGCAGCAAUUAAAUUGAUUUCGGCAGCUCGAUCCAAAGGGAUUUCCCUUGCCGUGGCAAAAGUCUUCACGAAACCGGUUCUAAUGGACCUAGCCUUGGACCCUACCCUUCUAUCUGUUGGCGAAGAAACAUACGCCGACCAAGCUCCCGUCGAGCCUUUCAGUUUAUGUCAAAAGGGUCUUUCAAUCCAGGACUUACUCGAGGAACUUGCGUCUCAGUGUCGUGUUCAUGUUGAUUCUAUUCAAGAUAUUUAUCCGUGCACCGCUAUCCAAGAAGGAUUGAUAGCCCUAUCCAACAAAGAUCCUGGAGCUUAUGUUGCGCAAAAUAUCUAUCGCUUGUCAGCAAACAUUAAUCUGGCAAAAUUCCAGCAAGCCUGGGAGAAGGUGGUAGAAGCUGAACUCAUUCUCAGGACUCGGAUCGUCUACCUAGAAUCCUACGGCUUCCUUCAAGUCGUUGUUCAAAAACCAAUCUCCUGGCACUACCUUACUGAAUUACAAGACAUUGUGCAGCAGGACCGACACCUCCCUCCUCACAAUGGCGGAGAUCUUUCAAUGUACAGCAUAGUCGAAGAUAAUGGAGCGGAGCCUAUCUUUAUCUGGACUGCACACCACGCGCUUUACGACGGUUGGUGUAUUCCACUCAUGCUUCAAAGGGUAGAAGCCUGUUAUUACGACAUCUCCUCUAUGGACAAAGUCAUUGGAUCUGCUUAUCCGAAAUUCAUCAGGUACCUAUCGGAGAUAAAUGCAAACGAAUCCGAGAACUUCUGGAAGUUGAAGCUCUCUGGUACAACAGCUGUACACUUUCCUCCACUCCCUCACCCAUCCUACCAAGUGCAUGCAACGGGGUCAUUUACACAUAGUAUCCAAAUCCGCCGCGAAGCUGGAACUCACAUCACACUUCCAUCAACUAUCAGAGCAGCCUGGGCCAUAGUCGUUGCAACCUACUCGGGCGCUUCUAACGACGUCAUAUUUGGGGAAAUUCUCACAGGACGCGAUGUUCCUGUUUCAGACGUUACCAAUAUCAUCGGCCCUACGCUCGCAACUGUGCCGACUAGAGUACAAGUGGAUUCCGAAAUGACCAUUUCUCAAUUCUUGAAAGACGUUCAGGUGCGGUCGGCUGAAACAAUACCGUUCCAACACACAGGUCUCCAACACAUCAAGAAUUUUUCUGAACAUACCGCACAUGCUUGUGGGUUCCAGAACCUGCUUGCUAUUCAUCAUGAUGAAGCGGAUCUGGAAGACGGCUUUUGGAAUUUGCAGAGUGGUAGAACAGUAGGGACGAAUUUCUAUUCUUAUCCUCUCACCAUAUCUUGCCAGAUUGGACAUGGACAGGUCGAAAUCGAAGUUCACUAUGACCAAGAAGUUAUUUCUACUUGGAUGGUCGAAAAGGUCAUGAGCGAGUUUGAGUUCCUCAUCGAGCGUUUCAACUCGCCAGAGAUGAUGAAUGUCAGGUUGGGCGAGAUGAGCUUGUUGACUCGGCAGGACGAAUCCCUCAUACAGAAGUGGAAUAGCGGUCCCUUGUAUUUCGCCGAGGAUUGUAUCCACCACCUCAUACAAAAAGUAGCCCUCGAGCAGCCUGAGUCGAAAGCGGCAGUGGAGUCGUGGGAUGCUACUCUUACUUACCGCGAACUCAUUUGUCUGUCCUCACAACUGGCCGGACGUCUGGUGGAGACUGGUGCUCGAGACACUCUGCUCCCGUUGUGCUUUGAGAAAUCUGCCUGGGCCAUCGUUACAAUGCUAGCAAUUCUGCUGUCUGGAGCGACUUUCGUUCCUCUGGACCCUGAGGCUUCCGUUUCCGAUCUGAAAGAUAUUGUAGGAGACACCAACGCGCAGCUGAUUCUUUGUUCUCCGAAAUACGAGCAAUUAUGUUCCAAAUUUGCUGCUGUCAUGGUUGUACAGCGAGAUGUGAUCGAGAAUUGGCCAAAGAUGGUUGGUAUACCCACUGUGGCCAGUAUCGGUCCAGCUUAUGUUACUUUCACAAGCGGGACAACCGGAAAACCAAAGGGUACAAUCGUGCAGCAUAGAACAUUUUGUUCUAGAAUUGCCACACAUGGGCCUGCUUUACGAAUGGAUUCGUCGUCUCGAGUUCUCCAGUUCGCAAAGUACACACAUGAUGCUAGCCUGUUAGAGAUCCUGAUGACUCUAACGAUAGGGGGUUGUGUGUGCGUGCCAAGGGACGACAGACGAAUGGAUUUCAUCGCCGAUGUGAUCACAGAGAUGAAAGUAUCAUGGGCCCUUUUGAGCCCCUCCUUUAUCCAACUCAUCCAGCCUUCUACCGUGCCAACACUUCAAACUCUGGUCCUCACUGGAGAAUCGAUGGCCCGGACCCAAGUUUCAACCUGGGCGGAUAAGCUGCAGUUGCUACACGCUUACGGCUCCGCAGAAGUUUCAGUGGUAGCCACUGUUAGCACUCAGUUGUCUUUGACGGCGGACCCUACGAAUAUCGGGCAUGCGAUUGGAUGCCACUCUUGGAUUGUUGAUCUUUCGAAUUCCAAUAGGUUAGUUCCUAUAGGAGCUCAAGGAGAACUUGUUUUCGACAGCCCAGCAUUAUCACAAGGGUAUCUGAACAAGGAGACAAUGACGUCUGAAGCCUUUUUCAACCCUCCAAACUGGGCCUUAAAGACCAGCAUAUCAAAAGAAGUGGCUCAAAGGAAACUUUACAGGACAGGUGACAUCGUUAAAUACACCUCAAACGGAGACCUGAUCUAUUGUGGACGCAAAAAUACUCUGACGAAACAGCACGGCCGGUGGCUGGCACUUGCAGAGAUAGAGCAUCGCUUGAGAACAGAUCCAUUCAUCCAACAUGCUAUGGUUAUUGUCCCCAAAGAUGGAGCCUGCAAAAAUCUUCUGGUGGCAGUGAUUUCGCUGCAAGAGCUAGCAGCUGCCAAUUGUAGAGGUGCCGGUCUGAAGGUUGUGGUCAGAGACGCCAACGCGUUCUAUCUUCCAGUCAUCCGUGAACGUCUCUGCGACAAACUUCCAGCUUCUUCGGUGCCUUCAGAAUGGGUAAUACUACAGUCACUUCCCAUUUUAGAAUCAGGGAAGCUCGAUAGGCAUCGUAUUGAGCGCUGGGUCGAGGAGAUCAAUUCAGAAACAUACCAUCAAAUUGCCAAUCUCAAUUCGAUUGAUCUUUCGAUCGAAGGCACGAAGCUUGAGAUGAAACUGCAAAAGGUCCUAGCUGCCGCUCUCAACCUACCUCUAGAAGUUAUUGGGCUGCAUCAAUCAUUUCUGCACCUCGGCGGGGACUCUCUGUCCGCCAUGCACGUGGUGUCAAAGUGUCGAGCUGAAGGGCUGGGAACUUCUGUUAAAGACAUCAUCCAGAGUAGAUCAAUCUCCGACUUGGCGCUACGAGUGACAUUGCCUGAGGAGAUGGCGGAGGAAGUAGAAGCAACUGAUCAGUGGUUUGGCCUUUCUCCGAUCCAGAAACUCUAUUUCGAGUGUAUUGGAGAUCUGGUGAAUCACUUCAAUCAGAGUGUCUUGCUCAAACUCACUCGCCGGAUGAAAGCAGAGCAUAUUGCAACAGCCAUGGAAGCAGUUGUUGAUGCCCACUCAAUGUUGCGAGCUCAUUUUGCCCGAAGCGAAUCUGGGGAAUGGCAACAGAGUAUAAGUCGCCGUGCAACCUACAGGUUUUUGACUCGAAGUACAUCCUUCAAUCAGAUCCCAUCUUUCAUCCAGGAAAGCCAAGAGUCUCUGGACAUUAAAGACGGACCAGUCCUCGCUGUUGAUCUCUUCGACACCGAAGACCAAGGACAAAUUCUGUCGAUUGUUGCGCACCACCUGGUCAUAGAUGUCGUUUCUUGGCGCAUCAUUCUUCAAGACUUAGAAGAUAUCCUCCAAGGAGUUAAUACCAAGCCCCAGAGUGCACUUUCAUUCCAGAAAUGGUCCCAUCUACAAGUUGAGCACACCCAGAGCAUUAUGUCUCAUGCCUCACCAAAUCUAGAAGAGGUACCGGUGGCCAAUUUGGGAUUUUGGGAUAUGGAGAAUAAACCAAACACGUACGGCGACGUAAUUGAGAAUAGAUUCGAACUUGACUCGGAGACUUCCUUACGUCUUCUUGGGGCCUCCCACGAAGCGAUGGGAAGCGAGACUGUGGAUGUACUACUCGCCUCGGUCCUCCAAUCAUUCCGCAAAGUAUUCUCGAGCAGGUCUACCAUGCCAACCAUCUACAAUGAGGGUCAUGGGCGAGAACCAUGGGAGUUCUCGACGAUUGAUUUAUCACGCACCGUGGGCUGGUUCACUACCAUGUGCCCCAUAUUCCUUCCUACUCGAUCUGAGAACAAUCCGGAUCUUUUAAAUGCAAUCAGAUGGGUCAAAGACCUUCGCCGACGAAUUCCACAAAAGGGGAGGCCGUACUUCGCAUAUCGCAUGCUCACUGAAGAAGGUCAAGAAAGGUUCUCAAAUCACUGGCCAAUGGAGAUUGCUUUCAAUUACCUGGGGAAGAUGCAACAACCUGAUCGUAAUGACACUCUGUUUCAAACAGUAAGCGAUCCCAACAUUGCCACCCUUGAUAUCGGUCGAGAUGUACCUCGCUUCGCACUGUUCGAAAUUUCAGCUUCGGUGACGAACGGGUCUCUCAAGAUGACAUUCUCAUACAAUCGCAAUAUGAGACGACAAGCAAAAAUACAUCACUGGAUCGACGAGUGUGAGAGAUGUUUGCGUGAUGCAGCAAAUCGGUUAGUUCAGAUACAUCCUGAACGCACCUUGAGUGAUUUUCCGCUCUUGCCCCUCGCAUACGACGGCAUUUCGAAGUUGGUACAGCUACUACCCCAACUUGGCGUCCGAUCAAUUGACGGAAUCGAGGAUGUUUAUCCUUGCUCUCCUGUGCAACAAGGAAUGCUCCUCGCUCAGUCCAAGGACCCAGAGCUAUAUGCGUAUUCGACAUUACUUGAAGUUCACGCGCAAGAGGGACAUCUGCUUAACCCACAUGCUCUCGCAGACGCUUGGCAGGCCGUCUUACAUAGACAUCCUGUCCUGAGAACGGUCUUUAUCGACAGUAUCUGCCAGAAGGGACUCAAUGACCAAGUUGUUUUACGAGACACGAGUGCCAGAAUCGCUUGGCUUGAAUGCGAAGACUCUCAAGUGAAGGAGACAUUCGAGCAGCAAAAGCCUAUCAGUUUCGUGGAUUUCCAGCCACCUCACAGACUCACUCUAUGCAAAACCAAUCAAAAUCGGGUAUUCUGCAAGCUUGAGCUUAGUCACGCCAUCUGUGAUGGAACUUCAAUGCCAAUUUUACUUCGGGACUUCGCUCUUGCGUACACACAAGCCCCUGCACAUAUGGCUAAGACUCAUGCUCUACAAAACCUAGAACUACCACCUGCCGCACCUCGGUAUAGCGACUACAUUGCCCAUAUCCUGUCUAAUCGAUCCACAGAAGUCGAUCUCAACUAUUGGAAAGCAUAUUUGGCCGGAGCCGAGCCAUGUCACUUGGACGUUCUAAACGAUAAUCUCAAGGUGGAGAAGAACUUGCGGACUUUGGUUCUUCCACUCACCGAUUCCUCAGAGCUGGAAAGAUUCUGCGGCAAAAAUGGAUUCACAAUGUCGAACGUUCUCCAAUUCGUUUGGGCGAUGGUUCUUAAAGCAUACGUCGGAACUGAUGAGGUAGCUUUCGGCUAUUUGACUUCUGGAAGAGAUGCACCAAUUCAAGGCAUUCAAGAUGCAGCUGUGGGCGCCUUCAUCAACAUGUUGACCUGCAGAAUUCGUCUUGACAGAACGACUCCUGUUAAUGAAGCUCUACACAAGAUUCAGACUGACUUUGUGAAUGGAAUGGCUCAUCAAAGCUGCUCGUUAGCCGAUGUACAGCACGAGCUCCAGCUUUCCAGCAGAUCUCUCUUCAACACUGCAUUUACUUUCCAGAAACGCACGGAAGACAGAGUUAGCUCUGUUUCCUCCGCGCCCACCAUCGAAUUUGGUGUCCUCGACGCUCAUGAUCCGAAUGAGUACGACGUUACUGUGAAUAUUGAAGCUAUGAAGUCUGGUGUUGAAGUUCAUCUGGGAUAUUGGACCACCUGUUUGUCGGACGCUCAGGCCAUGAACAUUGUCAGAACCUUUGAUCACGUACUGAACGAAAUCAUCUCUCGACAGAAGCUCAACUAUAAAAUUGGAGACUUGGAUCUUUUCAGCGAUCAUAGUAGCAAACAAGUGAUGCAUUGGAAUCGGAGACUGCCAGUGACGGUGGACAGAUGCAUUCAUGAUGUAAUUCACGGUCACGUAGUCCGGAAGCACACCGCUCCUGCUGUUUGUGCUCGGGAUGCGACUUUAAGCUACCCUGAAUUGGAUGAAAUAUCGACGCGCCUCGCCUUCCAUCUGGUCGAACUGGGAGUGGGACCCGAGACCUACGUGCCCUUGUGUUUUCAGAAGUCUGCUUGGAUGGUUGUCUCUAUGAUUGCAGUGUUGAAAGCAGGAGGAGCUUUCUGUCCACUUGAUCACACGCAGCCUCAUGGGAGAUUAAAAAGCUUUGUCGAUGAUGUUCGAGGUGACUUGAUACUCUGUUCUCAAGAGAGUUUUGGGAAACUAUCCGGAGCUUGCACAAAGAUCAUCGUCGUUGACAUGAAUCUUGUCCAAACGCUCAGCUAUCCUGCUGAAACUUAUUCGUUUCCCCGGGCUACCCCAAACAAUUCGGCCUACAUCAUAUUCACAUCUGGCACAACUGGUCGACCGAAAGGUACGAUCAUUGAACAUGGAGCUUUUUGCACUAGCGCUUUGGAACACAGCCGAGCCAUGGAUUUGACAUCAAUGUCCCGAGUACUACAGUUCGCAAGCCAUACUUUUGAUGCGAGCGUUAUGGAGAUACUGACUACCCUUAUCGUUGGUGGCUGUGUUUGCAUACCGAGUGAACAGGAUAGAAUGAACAAUCUUCCUGGUGUCAUUAAGUCGAUGAAAGUGACUUGGACUCUCCUCACUCCUUCAGUCGCAAGCACAUUAUCACCAAGAAGCGUCCCCAGCCUCAAAGUUCUCGUAACUGGAGGUGAGAAGAUGACACCAGGGCAUAUUGCAAAAUGGAAAGGACAUUGCAGCUUGGUCAAUGCCUAUGGGCCUUCUGAAACCAGUGUGAUUGCGAGUGUGGGGUGGAAAGUCGAUAAGAAUGGGAACGAAGUCAACACAAAUCCUGCAAACAUAGGGCAAGCGGUCGGAGGUAGAGCUUGGAUUGUCGAUCCUUAUGACUAUAACAAGCUCGUGCCGGUAGGUGGGAUUGGCGAGUUGGUGGUGGAAGGCCGGACCGUCGCACGCGGCUAUCUCAAUAACGACGUCAAGACAGCAGAAUGCUUCAUCAGUGAUCCACCAUGGCUACAGAGCAUGGAAACAAAGCAGCGACUCUACAGAACUGGUGAUCUUGUCCAUUAUAACUCGGAUGGUACACUCUCCUUCGUGUCCCGCAAAGACACCCAGAUCAAGCUCAACGGUCAACGAAUUGAGCUUGGGGAGAUCGAAUACAACGUGAAAGUCGGUCUACCUGAAGAUUAUCUCUCUGCCGUGGAGCUUGUUGCUCCUAUGAGCCGGAUAGCAACCAAAGCACUUGCGGUCUUCUUUACCCAUCAAGUUGAGGAUCACGGCUCUGUGGAAGAUGAACGUGUUUCUGGCGUGGACGAGAUUCUGCUUUCUAUGUCCAAUAGCACGAAACAACUAGCCAGGCACCUAGACUCAUCGUUAGCCACUGUUCUGCCAGCAUACAUGAUUCCUUCGUUCUAUGUUCCAGUCACGAGAUUGCCUUGGACGAGCGCCGGCAAGUUGGAUCGAGCACGAUUGCGAAACAUUCUUCAGACUUUGCCAACAGAAAUCACCGAACAAUAUAGACCAACGGGUUCGGACAACAAGAGUUUGGUAGGACCGACUAGCGCAAUGGAAAAGAAACUCCAAAGUGUAUGGGAAAAUGUUCUGAACAUCGUGGCGCCAAAAUCAAUCAGUGCAGAAGACAGCUUCUUCCGUCUUGGUGGAGACUCAGUCACUGCAAUGAAUCUUGUUGGCUUAGCUCGUUCAGAGGGUAUAUCAUUGACCGUCAGCGAUAUCUUCAAGAACCCAAGAUUAUGCGACAUGGCCUCGGUCUGCACCACAUUGGUUGAGAACCAUCAAUCAGAAAUCGAGCCAUUUUCACUUCUCAAAUCCAACGAACCGCUUGGAGAGAUCCUUGAAGAAGUUUCGCAACAGUGCCGAGUUGAUAAACAGUUGAUUUCCGAUGCGUAUCCCUGCAGUCUCCUCCAGGAAGGCCUCGUCACACUUUCCAUUAGGCAGACCGGUGCGUAUGUUAUACGGAAUGUCUUCAAGCUACCUAAGGAUUUAGACGUCAAUCGUUUCAAGACUGCAUGGGAGAGGACCGUCGAGGAUCUCGCUAUUCUACGAACCCGUAUCGUGCACAUGAAAUCAUCUGCUUUCGUGCAGAUAGUUCUUCAACAUGACCCCAUUGAAUGGAAUAUGGUGGAGAACCUGGAUAAUAGCCAUGAUUUUGAUAUCCCAGCAGACAAUGGCGGAGUCCUGACCAGAUACACAAUCGCUCGAGGGGUAAAUUCUGGCGAUACGCACUUCAUGUGGCAAAUACAUCAUGCACUUUUUGAUGGCUUCAGUCUUCCAAUGAUCCUGCGUAGGGUCGAGAAAUUGUAUCAUGAAGAGUCUUUGCAGCUUCCCAAAAGCUUGUACUCAAGCUUCAUUCAAUAUCUCACCAGUACUGAUGAGGAAAUAUCCAACGAGUACUGGAGAACCACGCUUGAUGGCGCAGCUCCAUUACAAUUCCCACAGCAUCAGAAGCUCGCUUUCGAUCAUUCGGGCGCUUCCCAAGUGUUGACACACACCACCCAAAUCUCCAAGAACACGGCCAGCAUGGGCUUCACCGUGGCAACUACAAUCAGAGCAGCCUGGGCCAUGGUAGUCGCCGCCUACUCCGGCUCGAAUGAUGUCGUCUUUGGAGAAACAAUGGCUGGUCGUAAUAUACCAGUCCCAGGGAUUACGGAUGUCGUCGGACCUACAAUCACAACUAUUCCAACCAGAAUCCAAAUUGACCGUGGAGAUACUGUCGCUCAUUUCCUCCAACAAGUGCAGAAGAUGGCGACCGACGUCAUAACUUACCAACAUGUCGGUUUGCAGCGCAUAAAGCGACUGAGCUCAUAUGCUGAGCUUGCUUGCGACUUCCAGAAUCUCCUCGUCAUCCAGACAUUAGAAGAAAAAGUAGACAGCAGAUUUUGGGAUCUGCAAACUGACGAAGUUGCGUCCAACUUUUUCACCUACCCGCUUGUGCUCGAAUGUAAGGGACAUUCAAACAAGGUUCAAAUAACUGCCCAUUACGAUAGUAGUGUCCUCUCACAGUGGCAAACUGAAAGAAUCAUGUGUCAGCUAGAUACAGUUCUCAGACAAUUCAGUGACCUUCCCAAGCUUGGAAUGAAGACUAGACUCCAUUCUGUUGAGGUAUUCAGUCCCCAAGACAAGGCAUUGGUACAAAAAUGGAAUGCCGAUAUACCACGCAUCAUCGAUUCAUGUAUCCAUGAUGAUUUCGAAGACAAAGUUGUUACUCAGCCACAAGCCCAAGCUGUUCAUGCCUGGGAUGGUAGCUUCACGUACCGAGAGCUUCUGGAUCAUGCCACACAUCUGGCUCACCACCUUGCUGGUUUGGGGGUCGGUCCUGAGGUUUUUGUACCCAUUUGCAUGGACAAGUCAGCUUGGGCGAUAGUGGGCAUUUUGGGCAUCCUACUUGCAGGUGGUGCUUUUGUCCCACUGGAUCCAUUAUCACCUCGAGCUCGUCAUCAAGAGAUGAUCAAAGACGUCAAUGCAAAACUUGUGCUUUGCUCUCUUCACCACAGAGACCAGCUUACGGGAUUACUCGAUGACAUACUAGUCAUCGAUCAAGAGCUACUUGAUUCGUUUUUUAGAUUACCGGCCCCCACUCAGACAUUACGCCGGGCGUUACCCCGAAAUGCCGCUUAUGCUAUCUUCACUUCAGGGAGUACGGGAAAACCAAAAGGGACGGUAGUGGAGCACAGAGCUAUCUCAACUAGCUCUGUAGCAAUGCAAAGGGCGUUGUUGAUGAGUCCAAAUGCUCGAGUUUUCCAGUUUGCGUCAUUUACCUUCGAUGUCAGUGUUCUGGAGAUGUUCACUACCCUCACAUGUGGAGGGUGUGUUUGUAUCCCUUCUGAGGACAUGCGAACUAGUAACGUGAGCGAAGCCAUUUGUUCCUUAAACGCGACAUGGGCAUUUCUUACACCUUCUGUUGCCAACUUGAUCGAGCCGGCGACUGUCCCCUCUUUAAAUGUCCUCGUUUGCGGUGGAGAACCAAUGUCAAUAGACAACGUUCAGCAAUGGGCAUCGAAGGUUACACUCAUCAAUGGCUAUGGCCCUACUGAAGCGUCUGUCAUUGCUAUCUCGAACUCCUCUGUCACUGAGCAGGGGAAUCCUUCGAAUGUUGGAUUCGCUUUAUCUAGUGGGCGAGCCUGGAUCGCGGACUCACAGGACCAUAACUUGAUCGCCCCUGUUGGAUGUGUUGGUGAGCUCUUACUUUCUGGGCCACUGCUUGCUCGCGAAUACAUAAACGAUCCCUUCAAGACUGAAGAGUCAUUCGUUGACUGGCCAAGUUGGGCGGAUGCCAUUGAUGGCACAUCUCCAAACACCAAGUCUGAUGAUGAAGCCCAUAUUUGUCCACCGUAUCGCAUGUACAAGACUGGGGACUUGGUGAGGUAUAAUGAGGAUGGAUCUAUAGUCUUCAUAGGCCGGAAAGAUCAUCAAGUCAAGCUACAUGGUCAACGUAUGGAGCUUGGCGAGAUUGAACACUUGUUGGACCUCGACUCGGAAAUUCAGCACGCUAUCGUCGCUCUACCCAAGGAUGGUCCCUUCCGAAAACGACUUGUGGCUGUGGUAUCUCUCAAUACACUUGCUACCUCGGAAAUUACCAAGAAUUCCUGCAAUCUUGUUCUAGAUGAGCCUCGAGCGGCUACGGGUCGUGCUUACAUUCUGGAAGCAAGAAAUCGACUUACUGACCGACUUCCUCCGUACAUGAUACCGUCGUCGUGGCUCUUGGUUGAUUCGAUCCCUAUUCGCGCAUCAGGAAAGAUAGAUCGGCCUUAUGUCGAGACCUGGCUGCACAACAUUGAUGACCUUACAUACGAAAGAAUUCUGGAAAUGGAUGAGGAGAACGAAGACACAACCCCAGCAACAAAAACAGGCCGGAUUCUCCAACGGAUCAUCUCUCGUGUUCUUAACAUUCCAAUUGAAAAGCUCCCCUUGAGUAAAUCAUUCUUGAGCUUAGGAGGAGACUCCAUUACCUCCAUGCAAGUCAUGGCUCAUUGUCGGAAAGAGAAGAUUAACUUUUCUCUGACUGACGUCCUCAAAAGCAAAUCUAUCCACGAGCUCGCAUCUAAAGCUCGAUACGAUAACCAAGCCCAACAUCAGGACGAGAUCGAAGAUCAGGACUUUGAUCUCUCUCCCAUCCAGAAGCUGUACUUCCAGUCUCAAGCUGCAGAUUCUUUCCAGGGGCCAUCUCGCUUCAACCAAAGCUUCUCACUUAAUGUAACUCGGCGUAUCACUCCUGAAGAUCUGAGUUCCGCAGUCCAAAAGAUCGUCGAUCAACACUCCAUGCUUCGCGCACGAUUCCGGAAGGGCCAGCAAGGUACUUGGCAACAGCGCGUGACUCGAAGGCGUGGCUUUGACAACUAUCAAGUUCAUCAUAUCGACCUUGAGUCAGAAAUUGCCCCAUUGAUUAGGACUAUCCAAUCCGGCCUCAAUAUUCAGCAAGGGCCGCUCUUUGUUGUUGAUCUAUUCAACGUGGGCGAGGAGCGCCAGAUACUAUUUCUGGUGGCACAUCACCUUGUAAUUGACAUGGUCUCUUGGCGGAUCAUCAUUCAAGACUUAGAAGAGGUUCUUAACACGGGGGCUCUUGGUUCGGAGAAACCGCUUUCCUUUCUCGUAUGGUGCGCAAUGCAGCAAGAUCACACGCGAAAGGCUACCGUGGAUGAUUCUCGCGCCACACUACCAUUCAACGUUCCACCAUCACAACCCAGUUACUGGGAACUUGACAGCUCCCAGAAUACCUAUGGCGAUGUGAUCUGCGAAACGUUCACAGUCAACGAGUAUGUCACGAAAUUGGCUCUUGGAGACUGCAACAAACCUUUACGGACGGAUCCCAUCGAGCUCUUCCUGGCAGCCAUUGCUCACUCUUUCAGUCGGGUAUUUUUCGACAGAGAUGUUCCAGCAAUCUUCAAUGAAACACACGGACGUGAGCCGUGGGAUUCUGACAUUGAUAUUUCAAGAACUGUUGGUUGGUUCACUUCCAUCUUUCCGGUUCACGUUCCAAUCGACACUGAAAGAGAUGAUCCUGUGGAGACCGUCCGUCGAAUGAAGGAUACUCGUCGCAGCGUUCCUGAUAAUGGACGGCCCAAUUUUGCGCGGCAACUUUUGACAACUGAGGCAACACAUGUCGAAGAUAGCCAACAGGAGCCAAUGGAAAUCCUUUUCAACUAUCUGGGCCGUAUGCAGCAGCUAGAGCAUGAUGAGGCCUUGUUCCAGCAAUGGGAUCAUCCAGAAGAUGAAGAGACCUCCGCCAUGGUAUCUGAUGUCGGGCCAAAAACCACCAGACUAGCAAUAUUUGAGCUCUCUGCGUCAGUGGUGCGUGAUAAAGUGCUGUGGCAGGGCUAGCUCUUUUUGGUCCUUUUGGCGCUGACCGGCACGUGUGGUUGAGGAGGAGGCCAGCCCGGGAACGCUAGUCUUCCCUAGCACUAUACUCAACUGGGUCUAGUUUAUCAUGUGACGCUUCCUAUAUAUUGUGGUCGCGCACUCUUAGAAUAACAACAACUCUUCUCC